AUGUACCAACUCACGCAUAUCUUCCUCAUGUUGGCGGUUUCUGGUUGCGCAUGCGCCGUGUUCUACACCAAAAGCACAGACAACGACUACCCGAGGAUUGGCAGGAGGACCUUUUACACCACCGGAAGCGGAAUUCACUACCCGCGCAUUGGACGACGGGACGCUGCAGGUUCCCAACUUCUACUUCCGGGUGUAGAUUUCUCCGACAUGGCCACGUUUGAGAAGAGAGGGGUGUUUACGCAAAGUGCUCACGGUUCGUAUCCCAGAGUGGGUCGAGGCAGCGAGGAGUCGGCUAGUGGUGAGGAUUACCUGAACGAAAGGGGAAACAAAUUUCUGGCCAGAAUCGCAGGAUUCAAAGACGAUAUAGAAGAGUCCAGCAGAAGCAAAGGAGACAACAGCAAGCAAGAGGACAGCAGCAGCGGAAACUCACCUUUAGAUAUCAUGUUUACAGCAUUCGACGUAGACAGUGAUGGGAAACUCUCCAAAGAGGAAUUCUCUUCAGGACUGCGCAAGUACAGGCAGCAGACCACUGUGUGCUGA